AUGGCCAAUCUAGGCGCGUCGAAUUCCCUUAUUCAUAAACCGAGCCUACAUAAAGGCUUUCCGGAAAUUAUAGAUUUGUCACCAGAGCCUCAUAUCAUUGAUUCCGUGCAAGGCCACUCAAGAUCAAAUAUUUGGCAAGCUAGGGAAAUUCCGCUUGAUACAGUUCCCACUAUCGAGGCUCAGCUUCCCAGACCAAUGCUCUCAAUAGCUCCUGAUACCCCACGCCAUAGCUCGAAUGUCAUUUUUUCUCUUUAUCGAUUUCUAGAACUGAGAGAUCUUUCAACUCUGCCACAGGAAGAUGUCCGGUUUCUCGAAAUGAAGGGAUGUCUACAUGUUCCAACACACUCAAUAUUAGACGAAUUCAUACGCCAAUAUUUCUUACAUGUCCAUCCAUGCCUCCCACUACUCCACGAGGGAGACUUUUGGCGAUCUUACUACAGUCGACCCGGCUUUACCGGGAAGCCAGGCACUAUUUCUUUAUUUGUAUUUCAAGCAAUGCUAUUUGUGAGCUGUGCUUUCGUGCCUCGUCAUGUCGUCAUUGCUGCUGGAUUUUCGGAUGUCCGGACUGCGAGAAAUGUAUUCUACAAUCGGGCAAAACUGCUUCAUGACCUUAGUGCUGAACACGACGCAUUAGCUAAAGCUCAAGGCGCCGUGCUACUCACCUAUCAGAGCUCGUCAUUACAUUUCCAUGCUGGCAGCUUAUGGCUUAACGUUGCAAUUCAGAAUGCCCUCCCUCUGGAGGCACAUAAUUAUCAUAAAUUAGAUCGUAAUGAUUCCUAUCGAAAUACGAAGAAGCGGUUAUGGUGGUCUAUUUUGUUACGUGAUAGGAUUUUACCUCUGGGACUGCGUCGACCGCUUCAAGUCUCUCCGUUGACAUAUGACUUGACGUUGGAUUACAUGUCUGUGGAGGAUUUGCAGGAGGAGAUAUAUUGCUCUGAAGUUUACAGUGUCGAGACAAAACGACAUCUUGCAGGGGUAUUGAAUAUCCAAUGUCAGCUGGUGAUGGCCAUUACCGACGUAUUAACUGCUGUGUACGGUGCGAAUGGUUCAAAAAAGGAACAAAUCAUGACAGAAAACGAGUUCCAGGCCAAAAUGACGGACAUAUUGAAGCUGAAACGAAAUUUAUCUCUCUGGGAACAAGAUGCUAAAAUGGCAUUUGCCACCUUUUCCGGCUCAGAUGAGGUCCAUGAAUCCGUUGUUCUGUAUUCUGAACUAACUUACAUGUAUUAUCACACAGCACUAGUCGCCCUAUGCCAUCAUGAAGCCUUGCUUCUGGAGGAUAAUUCAAAUUUGAUUGCUAAUUCUUAUGAGGAGCGACUUAACACUAUCAGAGAUGACUUGGAGAAUGGAGCGUUGGGGGUCACGAAAUGUGUAAAGCGGUUGUUGGCUCGUGGUGUUGCCCGCCAUUUACCUAUUAGUGCAGUUGCAUAUACGGCUCUCCCUCUUAUUCUUUAUGCUAUGGAUGUCAAACUGUCACGCUCGAUAUCCCAAUCAACUACCAGAAAGCGGCAGUUAAAAUAUUAUGCCGAGGUCAUGCAAUUAUAUCGGAAUCGGUAUGAUGGAACAGAUGACGUUGCGGUGUUUGUACGAGAAAUUCUCCAAUUUGUAGAGUCUCAAAACCCUUAUAUCUCUAUUACACCCCUGGAAGGUGAUAUUUCAAAACCUUCGCACGAAAAGAGAUGUUGGACGGAUGUAUUUGUGCGACAGCCACGCUUUUAUCUACGGAUAUCCUCUACUCUUGAUUAUGCCCUUUCACGGGGUCGUUAUCCCAAAGAUAGCGACCUUCCCGUUGUUGUUCGUGAAAUACCAAAACCGAGCGCCUCGAACUUGGUUCCUGAAGGUACGCUGCGAGUUCAGGAAAUCCCUGCCGACUCUUCAAAGGCUUCCCCGCCAGAUACUACUUACCUUCAAGGCGUUGACGAUAUACCCGCCAUUGACCCCAUACUUGAAGCUGGAUCUUGCGCCGAGAACAUGGCGUCAAUAAAUUUUGAUUGCAGCCCACCUUCAUCAUUGGAACCAGGUGUCCCGCCACAACAUCUGUUGCCUCCCCCAUACGAAAAUCUUCCUGACGUCAACCUAGACUUUCUCGAUUUAGGUUGUAUGCAAGGUAGUGUACAGACCGAAAAUUGUCAUCAAGAGGGUGAAAUAGAUUCUAAUAUUGCCUGGGCCAAUAUUAUGUUGGAUGAAAUAUUACCUGUAGUCCCCGCGUAA